AUGUGUUGUUUGUGUAUAAACUUUAUUAUUAGUUUAUUAAAUAGUGUUCAUGGACAAUGUACAACACAACCAAUUGUAUUACCAGUUAAUAAUUCAAUGUGUUGGUCACCUAUAACUAUGGCACUAGUGAAUGGUGGUGCUUUUGAUACAGUGUCUAUCACACCCGAUAUGAUAUUGUUCCCAUUUGGACCAUACUAUUAUUUAAUCUUUGAUCGACCAGGUCUCUAUCAAAUGACAACUACGAUUGGAUCGUGUACUCAAACCUUACCACUACAAAUCAAUGUACCUGCCAUUACAUUUGAACAACCACAAUGUAUCUUUCAAAAUACAGAGGCAACUUUGUCAGGUUUGGAAGGUGUCUAUUCCGGUGUGACCAAAGCUGACUUUUUUGGUGAUGGUGGUCAUUCAUUCCCAUUCUCUGCCAAAGUUGGUGGUAUUCCAUGUUCAGGUGGUCGUUUCAAUGUCAAACCAAUCAAUCGUACCUUUCAACCAGCUAUUCGUGUCGUACCAUCACUUUGCAACACUGCAUCUGGUUCCAUCUCUAUUCUAAAUGCCAAUCUAUUUACAUCGAUCAUUUUAGGAAUUGAUAAUAUUAAUACAACUGCUACUAUAGGGUCGAGUAAUAUAGUAGAGUUUACAGGUCUAGUUGGUAGUUCUACUGGAAAGGCAUUUACAAUUUAUGCAUUGUCAUCAACUUGUGGUUCAAAGGAACAAAUGGUUGGUGGUUUAUUAUACUCUACCACACCAUCAUAUGAUGUAGUUCAAACCAAUUUACCAUGUAAUACUACACAUAUCAACGUACAAGUUACAUCCAAUAUCAAUGCUUCUGUCAACUCUGUCACUAUCAAUGGACUUGCUUUUGGGUCGUUACCAGUUAGUCAUGAUGUUCCAGUUGGUUCACCACUCGUAUUGACCUAUACACAAAGUCAAUGUCAAUUCUCACAAUCCUAUGUAUUGGAGUCGUCACCUGCACCCAUUUCAUAUAAUCUCUAUCCUCCAACACUGUCAUUCGCCCAAAAGACAUCGCUUAUGACUAUAUCUUAUUUGGGUGAUAUGUCAGACUUGUCAUUUAGCUCGGGCAAGAAUGGUAUAAUACCAAUCGACACUACCAACGGUCAAGUUAGUGUAGACUAUGACGACACUUAUACCAUUUCGACAUCAUGUUACACUCAAAACCUAGUGAUUGAUGUUAGACGUGUCAAGCCAAUCUUUAGAUACACCAAAUCUGGUGAUUUUUGUAUGGAUGUCAUAGAGAUUGUUGUAGACAAUUUCGAACAGUUUGAUAGACUGUGGAUCACCAAUGGUAACACAACGGUACAAGCAGACCCAACAACUGGUAGAAUAUCCAAUCUCUACCAUAGUACAUGGACACUUGUAGCACACGAACCAGAUGCACCCAACGAUGUAAAUACAACAAUUACAUUGAUACCAGAGGAGAAUUGGAAAAUCAAUUAUUUAGAUUUUAAAAUUGUUCAACAAAAUGUUACUCGUCGUCCAAACGUAUGUACAACCGUAUCACCUGGUAUUGGUAUUGCAGAGAUUUGGGUGUCUUAUAAAGGUCAAACAUCGUAUAAACCAAAUGUUUUCAAUAAUUAUUGGCCUAGUGGUCAAACUAUCUAUUACUUUCAUCCAACUUGUCCAACCUCUGGUGUACAUGCCGGAGCUUGGGAUACAUACGAUAUCUCUGCUGCCACCUAUACCAUUAUAGAACCUGCAGUUUGUCAACAAUCAUUUGCCAAAGUUCAAUUCUCAAACUUGGCACCUGGAUUCCAAUCUGCCUCUUUCAACUAUGACAACUGGGUCAAUCUACCAAUCACCAUUGUCAACAAUGCCUUUACACUCUAUCUCCCAACCGGACAAAAUCAAGUAUAUCUACAAUAUGCCUACAACUUUUUAAAUUGUAGAGAAUCUUUUAAUAUUUCAAUUCCAUUUACUGAUUCAAGAGUAAUUACAACUAGUACUAUAGUAAAACAAAGUACAACAAAUUGUAAUGUAAAUUCAGGACAAAUAUCAAUAUCAAAUUGGGAGGAAUUUAGUAAUCUAUCAAUUGCAACUGGACAAUAUUUGGGUGGUGGUAUAUUCUCUACACCAUCAAUCUAUGAUAAUAGUAUUAAUUUUACACACUCUGUUUGUGGUUUUGGAAUGGUAAAGGGGAUUGAUUUGGCAACUGACCAAACUGGUGUUGGUAUCUCUGUCAUUCCAUUGACUGCUACAUCUUGUGAUUCGGCAUUGGGACUGGGUGAUGGAUCGGUCAAGGUGUACUUGUCAAUGGGUGGAUUCGAUCAAACACCGCUGAUCAAAUCAAUCUAUAGAAUUGGAUUACCAGAACCAUACAAAUCAACUUCCUAUCUAAGAAAUACACUUACCAUGAUUGGUGGUGGUGAUCAGUUUAUUCAAGUCAAUGCUGGCACUGCUUGUACUUUUAGAGCAAACUUUUCGCUGCCUGCAACUGCUCCUCUGCCAUUUAUCACAUCGACUCUUGUACAUGCUGAUCCAGGUCGAAAGAAUGGAUACAUUGAAACAAAGAGACUGUCCCCUGUAAAGUCGUACGUAGCAGCUAUCCAAUUACAAGCAAGUGGAUAUCUACCAGACACUACCAACACUGAAAUCACAGGUAUUGAAAACAAAAACUCUGUCAACUUGUUUGAACUGCAGUAUGGUGUAGCUUGCAAGUAUGCAGUGUCUUACAACCUUCUCAAUACCUCGUUCCCCAAACCAACCUAUUCAAUCAAUCCAGUUGAUGAAUGUGGUAGUCUCAAUAUGCAUAUUGUCGUGUCAGCCGACAGUUACGCCCGUUUCCAACUAUUCCUUCGUUCAGAACUCACCCAAACCUAUGUCUCGUUUGAUGUGGAUACACUUAUUUACUCGGUGGUUGCUGGUACCUACACUAUGCUCUACACUGAUCGGUAUUCACUUGCCACUGGAUCCAUCCCCAUUCAAGUAGUAUUUGCACCCUCUCAAUCGCUGGCAUUACCCUUUGAAUAUGAGGUAGUGGCCAAUGAAACGUGUCGUGGUAUGAUGGACGGGCAGAUCAAGGUGACUGGGUUCCCAGCCGACUCGUUUGUGAGUAUGGUUGAUGCAGACGACAAUUUCCAACGUUCGACUAUCCAGGGGUCGACCCCUGAAGAAUCGUCGUUUGUAUUUAGCGGUCUUGGUGCAGGUGCCGAUUACACCAUCAUUGUAUCGAGUACCAAAUGCACACAACGAUCGUCUGGUAUCAAGGUAUCAUCAAAUGAACCGAAACUAAUUGUUACGCGAGUUGAAAACUAUUGUCAAAGUUUUAAUACCACCUAUGCAUCGUAUUCACUUGGUACUAGUCCUCGAGGACUCAAUGUGACGUAUGCUGUAGAUGGUGUUACGGUCACUGGCAAACAGCCAAAUGCCAACGGUGAGAUACUGAUCGAUUCACUCAGUCCCGGUCAAUACCAAGUAUCAGCCAACAUCCAAGAUGUUUGUACAUCAUUUGUCACCGAGUUUGUAACAGUCAAAAACAACUCUUUUGACAUUAAGAUUAUUCCCAAUCAAGCAGGUGUAUGCGAACAACUAGUCUAUAUUGUCUACAACCCCAACCGUCUAGACAAUCUCGCUUCUAGUGGCACUCAACUCUUUGCACAGGCCAUCAACUUUUUCAACAACACUGUACACAACCAAACUUUGUUUAACCGAUCGUCACUCAACAUUGACUUUGGCAUUAGACUCGAUCUAUUUGCUGGCAAUUAUAGUGUAUGGGUACAAGACCCUUCACCAGGUGGUUGUACCUUUUACACUGAUCCAGCUGUCCUUGUACCAGUCCCCAAGUGUCUACCACCCCCUCCCAAUGUCACUUCACCACCCAACACUACAACCGGCGGUACUACCACUGGAGGAGAAGUUUCUCUCUCCCCUCAAAUUCCAGUCAUCUCUCUCUUAUCCAUUAUACUAUUAUUAGUAUCAUUUAUUUAUUUUUAA